UCCCCCUCCAUCCUCCUUCUUGGAGCUCGGAGCUCGGAGGUUGAGUUCAUGAGCGGCUGGGGUGCUGGGGUAACCGAUGCGCCGUGCAUCAUCACGGAGAAACAUCAAAAUGAGAGCACCCUCGUGAUAGCUCGCGGCGCGACGCAGUGCAAGUCAAAGUUCGCGGUUUAGCUCCGACCCGAGGAACGUCAACAACGGACGUUGGCAACGUCCGAUGUUUCGUGACAGGCGUCCCCGCUGACGCAAAAACGGCGAGCCGAAAGCAAGUCGAGUUCAUUGAUAACUCUCUUGUUGAUAUCGUCUAGCGGUUCACGGAGAAAGCAAAGAAAACUACAACAUUAGGGGAUCCGCUGCAGGCACAUUUGAGACCUGCGGUGGUUGGUGAAUGGUGUUGCAGAUAGAUUCCGUGUGGGGCUGGGCGUCACCCCCGCUGCGCCUCCAGCUAGCCGGGGGGACCAGGGGUGCCUCGGGGAGAGCAGCUGUGGGUGCCCCAUCCUCACAGAGGAUGGGUGAGAUAGUUGUAGAACGCGCUCCUUCCCCAGCACGCCUCAGUCAUACUUCUGAGAAGCAUCCUCGUGCAACUUUAACCGAGCUUAAUGUUCUUCGGCGUCAUCGGGAACUGUGUGAUGUCGUUCUCAAUGUUGGCUCUAGAAAAAUAUUUGCACAUCGUGUCAUUCUCUCAGCAUGUAGUCCAUACUUCAGGGCAAUGUUUACUGGGGAGUUGGCGGAAUCUAGACAAACUGAAGUAACAAUACGCGAUAUAGAUGAGAUGGCUAUGGAAUUACUCAUAGAUUUUUGUUACACUUCUCACAUUAUCGUCGAAGAAGCAAAUGUUCAAACUCUCCUUCCAGCAGCGUGCCUUCUUCAAUUAGCAGAAAUUCAAGAUAUAUGUUGCGAAUUUCUCAAACGCCAAUUAGAUCCGUCAAAUUGCUUGGGUAUCCGAGCAUUUGCGGAUACCCAUUCGUGUCGCGAACUUCUGCGUAUUGCCGAUAAGUUUACUCAACAUAAUUUUCAAGAGGUAAUGGAGAGCGAAGAAUUUUUGUUACUACCUGUUGGCCAAUUGGUGGACAUUAUUUCAUCGGAUGAACUAAAUGUACGUACGGAGGAGCAAGUAUUUAGCGCUGUGAUGAAUUGGGUUAAAUAUAAUGUCACGGAGAGACGACAACAUCUAUCUCAAGUUCUGCAGCAUGUGCGAUUGCCGCUACUUAGUCCGAAAUUUUUAGUCGGUACUGUUGGAUCCGAUCUGUUAGUUCGUUCUGAUGACGCUUGUAGAGACUUGGUGGACGAAGCGAAGAAUUAUUUGCUUCUGCCGCAAGAAAGACCAUUGAUGCAGGGACCUAGAACGAGACCUAGAAAACCUACGAGGCGGGGAGAAGUGUUGUUCGCCGUUGGUGGAUGGUGUUCGGGUGAUGCUAUCGCUAGCGUCGAAAGAUUUGAUCCUAAUACUGCUGAUUGGAAAAUGGUCGCACCUAUGAGCAAACGAAGAUGCGGAGUGGGUGUAGCGGUAUUAAAUGAUCUGUUAUACGCGGUCGGUGGACACGACGGACAAAGCUACUUAAAUAGCAUUGAACGAUACGAUCCACAAACGAAUCAGUGGUCUUGUGAUGUUGCGCCUACCACUUCUUGUAGAACCAGUGUGGGUGUUGCUGUGUUAGAUGGAUUUCUGUAUGCAGUUGGUGGCCAGGAUGGAGUGCAAUGCCUUAAUCAUGUGGAAAGAUAUGAUCCUAAGGAAAAUAAAUGGUCUAAAGUGUCGCCAAUGACUACCAGAAGAUUAGGAGUAGCAGUUGCUGUGCUUGGAGGAUAUUUAUAUGCCAUCGGCGGGUCUGAUGGACAAUCACCCCUCAACACUGUAGAAAGAUAUGAUCCGAGACAAAAUAAAUGGUCCCAAGUGUCACCGAUGUCUACGAGACGUAAGCAUCUAGGCUGUGCUGUAUUUAAUAAUCUAAUUUAUGCUGUGGGAGGACGAGAUGAUUGUAUGGAGCUCUCCAGUGCGGAACGUUAUAAUCCCCAUACGAAUUCCUGGAGCCCUAUAGUAGCAAUGACAUCUAGGAGAAGUGGAGUGGGUUUGGCGGUAGUAAAUGGUCAAUUGUACGCAGUGGGCGGAUUCGAUGGAACUGCGUAUCUAAAAACAAUUGAAGUGUAUGAUCCGGAACAGAAUCAAUGGAAACUAUGUGGUUGUAUGAAUUAUAGGAGACUUGGCGGAGGCGUGGGAGUAAUGCGAGCCCCACAAACUGAGAAUUACAUUUGGUAGCUCAGGCCCCCCUCUUCAGCCCAAAUGGCUGAAACUCCUCUAACUCCUCUUACACCGAUAACGCCUGUUACACCUGUAACCCCUCCCGCCCCUGUAUCGGUUCCUGUUGUUAUAACUAAUACUAGAAAACGCUACCGCCGAUCGAUGAGCAUUAUAUAAGUAAUGUAUGCAUUUUGUAAAAGACUUUGCCUUUCUAAAGUUUCAUGAAAACGUCCUGCAUCCAGUUUUUUGGUAUUUAAUUUAUUAAUAACUUCGAACUAUUUCUUCGCUCAUUCCAAUAUAGAUUAUGCAUAUAGAAAGAAGAUGCAUAAAAAAAUGCGGAUAUUCCAUCGAUUUACUGCCGUUAUUUUAUAUUUAUAUUACAUCACAUUAUUUUACAGGAUUUUUUUGUCAAUGAUAUAUGUAUUUUAUAUACAAGCAAUACACAAACUCUAAUUAUUUUAGAUUUAGCUGUCUAAAAUAUUCUUAAAGAAAUGCCUGGUCUGUCACAUAGAAUUUUAAAUAAUGUUUUUCUUAUAUAAAGAAAAAGAAAGGCAAAAUCUCUUCCCUACUAUUUGUCAGAAACAUACAUAUUUUGAAAAAAAAAAUAUUCACACCUUCCAUUUUUCGUGAAUGGUCAAAAUAAAAAUUUAAGUUGUCAGUUAUAGUCAUACUUUAAUUAUAAAGGGUUGCUUCUACAUGAUGCUACCCAAUAAUGCAAAAAUGUAAUAUAAGAUAAGAUAAUUUCUCUCUAUGUAAGGCUAGAUUGCUUUUUAUAAAAAAUGUAUGGAUACUUCUUUUGUUUAUAAGACUGAAUCUCAACCAGAAAAUAUUAAAAUAUUAAACCGUGAAACAGUUUAAAUUUUCUUGUAAAGAUAAUAAAUUAUAUCAUUUACAGUUAAAAUUCUGCUAACAAUUUGUACCUUUCUAACUGAUUUAAUGCAUUUAUUACUUAUUAUUAACGAUUUAUGACAAAUGUCAAGAUGCACGUCCAGGAAACACAAUAUGUAUAAUAUUUAAGAUUAUAUAUUAUUUAAACACGACAUUUGAAAUUGUUCUUUCGUGUUGCUGCAAGAAAACGUCAUUUAUAUAUAACCAACAUCCGUUAUAUAUCUUUAAAUCUACAGAGUAGCCUUAUCGUACAAAAUGGUGAUAGGGAUCAUUGAUCAAUAAUCUCAUAAUGUAACACAUUUGUUAUAAUUAUGUAAUAAAAAUCAGAAUUGCUUAUAAGAACGACCAAAAAUUUUAUAAAUAAUGAAUAUUGUGUUUGCAAUUUAUUUUAGUAAAAAUUGAACAAUGCAUUAUUGGGAUUAUUUAAAAGAUGUAAAAAAUGCUUAAAUUGUCGCUGUUACAUGUAUGAGAUUGUUGAAGGCAGCAAAAUGCAUGUCUAGUGUAAGAACAUAUUGAUGAUGUAAUGUAAUUCUUUCUAAGCAGCUGGUUGCAGAUAUAAUUAUUCCGAUUUACUGGUUAAUGGAAUAACCAUUACAAUGGCUUAUUAAUGCAUUUCUCAAUUAACUGCUGGACUAUUCUAUAUAAUCAAUUAUUAUGUAUUUAAGUUAUGAAUUUAAUAUUCGUGAUACUAUAGAAGAGAAAUUGUGGAUUACUGUUCAGUUAAUCAAACUAGACAUUAAAAUGGUACAAAUUAUAUUGUAAUGCGUGAACAAAGUUCAAAUAAGUGUUCAAUAUCCAAUCUCUUACCUGAUUUUGAAGAAGUUGGAACCCUAUAUCUGGGAAGAAAAUAUAAUAUUAUUAUUUCCACAAUAUUUAACAUGGAUAUUACUAACUGAUUAAUUUUUACUCUUAUGUCAAAAUUCAUACAUAAGAGACAUUAUACUGAGCUUUAAUACAAUCAGUUUCCCAUAAACGAGAAAUAUUGAAAGUGAUUGUUAUUAAUUAUUGCAAGCAAUAAUCCUGAGUAAAACAUAAAGUGUUAAUACAAAUAUAUUGUUUUCUCAUCUUACAAAGAUCAAAACUAUAUUGUGUACAAUUGUACAGUACAAAGGAAGAAUCAUAGAAUUUCUUUUCUUUGUCAAUAAAUUAAAAAAAGUGCGCAUUAGAAUUUGCACAAACCAU